CCCAGACUGAGGUCAGGCCAGGCAGGCAGUCGCGAGCCUCCAGUCAAGAGAUCACAUCAGUCAGCGAGCCUCCAGUCAAGGGCUCGCAGCGGUCAGCGAGCCUCCAGUCAAGGGCUCUCAGCGGUCAGCGAGCCUCCAGUCAAGGGCUCUCAGCGGUCAGCGAGCCUCCAGUCAGGCUCUCAGCGGUCAGCGAGCCUCCAGUCAAGGGCUCUCAGCGGUCAGCGAGCCUCCAGUCAGGGCUCUCAGCGGUCAGCGAGCCUCCAGUCAAGGGCUCUCAGCGGUCAGCGAGCCUCCAGUCAAGGGCUCUCAGCGGUCAGCGAGCCUCCAGUCAAGGGCUCUCAGCGGUCAGCGAGCCUCCAGUCAAGGGCUCUCAGCGGUCAGCGAGCCUCCAGUCAAGGGCUCUCAGCGGUCAGCGAGCCUCCAGUCAAGGGCUCUCAGCGGUCAGCGAGCCUCCAGUCAAGGGCUCUCAGCGGUCAGCGAGCCUCCAGUCAAGGGCUCUCAGCGGUCAGCGAGCCUCCAGUCAAGGGCUCUCAGCGGUCAGCGAGCCUCCAGUCAAGGGCUCUCAGCGGUCAGCGAGCCUCCAGUCAAGGGCUCUCAGCGGUCAGCGAGCCUCCAGUCAAGGGCUCUCAGCGGUCAGCGAGCCUCCAGUCAAGGGCUCUCAGCGGUCAGCGAGCCUCCAGUCAAGGGCUCUCAGCGGUCAGCGAGCCUCCAGUCAAGGGCUCUCAGCGGUCAGCGAGCCUCCAGUCAGGGGCUCGCAGCGGUCAGCGAGCCUCCAGUCAAGGGCUCGCAGCGGUCAGCGAGCCUCCAGUCAAGGGCUCGCAGCGGUCAGCGAGCCUCCAGUCAAGGGCUCGCAGCGGUCAGCGAGCCUCCAGUCAAGGGCUCGCAGCGGUCAGCGAGCCUCCAGUCAAGGGCUCUCAGCGGUCAGCGAGCCUCCAGUCAAGGGCGGUCAGCGAGCCUCCAGUCAAGGCGGUCAGCGAGCCUCCAGUCAAGGCGGUCAGCGAGCCUCCAGUCAAGGGCGGUCAGCGAGCCUCCAGUCAAGGGCGGUCAGCGAGCCUCCAGUCAAGGGCGGUCAGCGAGCCUCCAGUCAAGGGCGGUCAGCGAGCCUCCAGUCAAGGGCGGUCAGCGAGCCUCCAGUCAAGGGCGGUCAGCGAGCCUCCAGUCAAGGGCGGUCAGCGAGCCUCCAGUCAAGGGCGGUCAGCGAGCCUCCAGUCAAGGGCGGUCAGCGAGCCUCCAGUCAAGGGCGGUCAGCGAGCCUCCAGUCAAGGGCGUCAGCGAGCCUCCAGUCAAGGGCGGUCAGCGAGCCUCCAGUCAAGGGCGGUCAGCGAGCCUCCAGUCAAGGGCGGUCAGCGAGCCUCCAGUCAAGGGCGGUCAGCGAGCCUCCAGUCAAGGGCGGUCAGCGAGCCUCCAGUCAAGGGCGGUCAGCGAGCCUCCAGUCAAGGGCGGUCAGCGAGCCUCCAGUCAAGGGCGGUCAGCGAGCCUCCAGUCAAGGGCGGUCAGCGAGCCUCCAGUCAAGGGCGGUCAGCGAGCCUCCAGUCAAGGGCGGUCAGCGAGCCUCCAGUCAAGGGCUCUCAGCGGUCAGCGAGCCUCCAGUCAAGGGCUCUCAGCGGUCAGCGAGCCUCCAGUCAAGGGCUCUCAGCGGUCAGCGAGCCUCCAGUCAAGGGCUCGCAGCGGUCAGCGAGCCUCCAGUCAAGGGCUCGCAGCGGUCAGCGAGCCUCCAGUCAAGGGCUCUCAGCGGUCAGCGAGCCUCCAGUCAAGGGCUCUCAGCGGUCAGCGAGCCUCCAGUCAAGGGCUCUCAGCGAGCCUCCAGUCAAGGGCUCGCAGCGGUCAGCGAGCCUCCAGUCAAGGGCUCGCAGCGGUCAGCGAGCCUCCAGUCAAGGGCUCUCAGCGGUCAGCGAGCCUCCAGUCAAGGGCGGACAGCUGGCAGCGAGCCUCCAGUCAAGGGCUCUCAGCGGUCAGCGAGCCUCCAGUCAAGGGCUGACAGCUGGCAGCGGGCCUCCAAGAGGAGGACACAGCCCACAUCACUACACAGGUACUGCCGCCGCUCAUGAG